AUGGCAGCCGCGCCAGAUCUGCGCCGCCCCGCGCAGCUCCACUCCUCCCUCCACCUCGCGCACCGGCGGCCGAGCCAGAGCCCACCCGGCGGCAAGCCCUCCGCAACUCCAGCCGGUGCUCGCCCGGCGCGGCGCACCCGCGUCCCGCGCGACCACCACGCGCACAGCCCGCAUCUGGACGCGCCGCCGCCGGCCACGCCUCGCUGCCCGCACCGCUCAACAGCGCACACCAGCUCUGCGCCAAUCAUUUACGAUGGGGAAACAGGCCAGAGCUGUGGAUAUGGAUUUGUCACCAUGAGUAGUGUUCAGGAGUUCCAUCACAGUGACCUGGAUGGCAGGCCUAUGACAGUGAACAGGGCGGCUGCUACUAGCGGUGCCCGGGCAGAAGAAAGACCGUCGCCCUGUCGAUUGGUGUCUUCUUCAUUCAAGCUUUACGUGAGCAAUCUGCCCUGGGAAGUGGACGGCCCUAUGCUGAAGCAGCUGUUCAGCGGGUACGGUCAGGUGGUUGCAGCUAAAGUCCUCUACCACGGAAGAGGAUCUCAGCGGCGCUCCCGGGGAUUCGGCUUUGUCACGAUGGGGACGCCGGAGGCAUCGCAAGACGCCAUUUGGUACCUCGACAAACAGGUUCGGAAGGGGCGCAAAUUGCGAGUGCGAGUCGCAAGAGAGGAAGGGACACGCUGA